AUGAUGUGGAAAAAGAAAGAGAACAAAUUUUUAUGGAGCAAAGAAUCGGAUAAACGAAGUGCAUUGUAUACGAAUUUGUGUACGAUACGUCAACGUGAACAAUUACUCGAUAUACAAACGAAAUGUGAUCGUGUUUCACGCGAAUUCAGCAACAGAGGCGAUGCUGAGCUAAAAGAGAGCAGGUGGUCAAAUGCAUUGAGUUUUUAUAGUCGAUCGUUGUGUUUUGCCGAUUGUGACGAACGUUUGAGCUAUGGAUUUGUGAAUCGGGCGACAUGCUUUUUCGAAAUGAAAAUGUUCAAAGAGUGUUUAGUGGAUAUUGACCUGUCAAAACAGUACAAAUACGCUAAAAUCGAUGAAUUGGAGCAACGACAAGCGGACUGUGUACGGCUCAUCGAUCUUGGCAAACAGGCUGAAUCAUUUGUGCCACAAUUAAGCUUUGAAACACACAAAAAAUUUCCCGGCCUAACUGAGGUGCUGCAAAUUGAACGGAAUCAAGAGUCGGGUCUGCAUGUCAUAGCAACGGCUGAUAUUGAAGCUGGGAAAACGGUACUAAUGGAACGAGCAUUCACCGCACUGUCAAUUGGCAACGAACAACGAUGCAGUAAAUGCUUUUCCACAUACACUAACUUGGUGCCAUGUAAACGAUGCACACGGGCAUUGUUUUGCGUUGAUUCAUGUGAAAUUUGUGAUAUUCAUCGACUGGAGUGCGGUUUACAAAUGCCAAAAAUGAUAUCGUUGAUUAAAGAAGACUUUUUUCCGGUUAUACGAUCGAUCAUAGUUGCCAUCAAUAUUUUUUCGAGUGUCAACGAGCUGAAAGACUUUGUGGAAACGGUGAUUGCCGAUGAUCAAAUGAAAUUGCCAAAAGAUUCGUUGGACGAUCGAUCGAAGUACAGCAUUUAUUUGAGGCAUUUUGACAAAAACCAUCCGGACGCAUCGAACACAACGAAAUCCAAUAUACAGUCAAUUUAUCAGGCGCUUAUAGGUCAUCGGCCGAUUGCCGAACAAUUUACCACCAAACAUCAUCAACGCUUCCUCAUGCAUUUAAUCGGGCAUCAUAUCAGUAUUCGGAGGAACAUCGCAAAUGGCAUUGAAUUCCGCAAUAAACUAGUCACACCGGUAAUUGGCGGUUAUUUUAAUCACUCCUGUAUACCCAAUGCAAUAAUGUUGCCCAUUGACGGCCUUGUAGUUGUGACGACGUGCCGCCCAAUCAAAAGCGGCGAACAGAUUUGCAUCUCGUACCAUGGAACCAAAUUCCAAAGUCCAUUCAUUGAACGACAAAAAAUUAUCGAACACGAAUUUCAUUUCAAGUGCAAAUGUGAACGAUGCGCCAUGGAAGUGACCGAGUCUCUUAAACCAAACCGAUUUUUGGACGAUCAACAACGUGCAUUGCUGAAAAAUUCCGCCGAAACACUUCUUUAUACCAUGGAAAAGCGAAAAACCGUCACCGAGCUCUGCAUACGACUACUCAACGAACAUGGACGCACGACGUGGUGUGAAGACUUGGGAAUGCUACUCAGCAAUUACUUUGUGCUAUUACAUACGAAAUUUCUCUUGAAAUCACCCUACUGA